AUGGCCAAGCAAGCGCAAUUCCGAGCGUAUGACCUCAACCGCAAGAAGCAACACAAGAUCCCCUCACCUCCCACCAAACUCUCUGAGCCCAAGCUCAGAGAGGGCGAGUGGAAGGUCUCAAAGAGGCCGGGGGUGAGGGGAUCGAAGAAGCCGGUGAAGAAAGGCCGCACCAAGAAGUCCGCUGCUGCUGCCGUUGAAAAGGCUCCCAAGCGCGCGGCAGAUCUCCUCCGCUGCAAGGGCGGUGAAUUCCAGUGCCUGCACUGCAGUGCCUUCAGCGACGAAGCGUCCUGCGGGACAGGAUGCUACAAGCAAUUCCGGAGAGAGCACCUCUCCCAAGACCUCAUCGACAUCCGUGGGCCCGGCCCUCUCGGGUACGGCGCCUUCACCAAGCCCGGCGUGACCAUCCCAAAGGGCGCCUGGGUAGGCGAAUACCUCGGCGAGCUGCGCCCUCUCUCCCCCGCGCCCAACUCCACCUACCGUUUCGAGAUCCCCUCCGUCUGCGCAGUCGACGCGCAGUCCAGUGGAAACUGGACGCGUUUCAUCAACUCACACUGCCGGCCGAAUGUCAAGCCCUGGGGCGAGACGGUGGGCAAGCGGCAUGUGAUUUUGUUCCAAGCGCUGCGCGAGAUUGGGCCUGAGGAGGAGAUUGUGUUCAACUACGGCGCGCGGUAUUUCGAGAACGCGGGGUUUCUUUGUGGGUGCGAUGCGCAGAAGAAAGCGCAUUUGCCGCAGGGCGCGAAGCAGGCCAAGGGCAGGAAGAAGUGA